AUGGCCCUCGAAUGGACUCUUUCCAACAGGUCCGUGUCCAUGGAGCACCUGGUGCUGGGAUUGGUGCUGUUUGCUGGGACCCUGGCCCCUGGAAACCCCCUGAAGGAUCUGGGGCCCAUCAAGCAGAUCAGGCUGGACAUGGCCCCCACCUCCUUCGAUGACCAGUACCGGGGCUGCGGCCACCAAAUGGAUAAGGAGCUGGGGAAGCUCCACCAGAUGGAGCUCACCAAAAACAGCAUCUACGCCAAGUACUGGCCCCUGGCCGCUGACAAAUGGCAGAAGAGGGCGGCUUAUGUCCCCAGGCCACCAGCGCUGCGGGCAGAGCAUGCAACGGCCCUUCUGGCCUACACCAUGCCUGGAGGCUUGUACCAGACCUUCAACGCUGCCAUGCGCAAGGCUGGGAGCUCCCACAAGGAAUAUCUGUACAAAUUUCACUUCAAGACGCUGCAUUACCUCCUGACCCAGGCCCUGAAAAUCCUGUGGCAUGCCCAGCCAAACUGCUACCACGUCUAUCGGGGCGUCCGUGGCAUCCGCUUCACCGCCCAGCUCCAUGAUUUUGUCCGCUUUGGCCAAUUCACUUCCACCUCCUUUGUGAAGAAGACAGCUGCACAGUUCGGCCAGGACACCUUCUUCUCAGUGUACACCUGCUAUGGCGUUCCCAUCAGGCACUUUUCCUUCUUUCCCAAUGAGGAGGAGGUCCUCAUCCCACCCUACGAGAGAUUCAUGGUGGCCAACAUUGCCUACUAUUGGACAGGAACCCACAUCGUGCUCCAGUCCAGGGGCAUAUACAGCAAGUACAACUGCGAAUGGCUGAAAG